CUACAUUUGUCUAAUAAAAGUACAUCUCUCUCUUACUAAGAAUGAAUGUUCGCGAAAAGCUCUCGUUGUUUGAGCACCGGCAAUCUUCGAACUCCACUUCCUCAUCGCAGGAAUUGGAUCUUUUGGCUCGCAGUACCAAAAAGAUCAAACCUUCAGAUCUUCCACCAGAUUCCACUAUGGGUGAGGCUCCAGUAGGUGAAUCUUCAUCUACGUUGGUGGCUUCCUCGGAUGCUCAGAUGACGGACCCUGUUCCGUCAUCGACAAGCUCUGUUCCUGCCCAAAAAGGGCUCAGUAAUCCUCCUACUUUGUCAUACCGAGAUAAGCUCCUUUUCGAAGAGAAUCCAACAAUAGUCUCCUUUGCUACCACUCCCAGCUACAUGGAUGAAGAUUCUGAUGUGGAUGAAGAUUCUGAUGUGGAUGAAGAUUCUGAUGUGGAUGAAGAUUCUGAUAACCUUGGAUGAAUUCCCUUAUCAUUAAGGCUUUUCAUCCAAAACCCUUGGGAUAUAAUUAUAUAUAUCCCCGUAUUCAAGCUCAA